UCUUCUCAACUGAUGACGUGUGCGUUGCACAAAACUCAACUUGUUUUCAGUUUCACAAUAAAACCGGCUAAAGGUAUUCUUCUAUAGACCGAGGGUAUUUUUUUGUGGAUUGUGUCUAGAAACAUAAAAGGAAAAUGGAGACAUUGUACCAUCAAACAAAUAAGCAAAUCCAGGAGGUACAGUCGCUCAUGGGACGCCUGGAGAACACAGAUCGUCAGUCUGUCCACUUGUUGGAGAACGAUCUGCAGGCCAGAAUCGACCAGAUCUUCAGCCAUUUGGAACGUCUGGAAAUCCUGGCUGGCAAAGAACCGCCAAACCGCCGUCAGAACGUCAAACUGCGGGUAGACCAGCUGAAGUAUGAUGUUCAGCACCUCCAGACGGCGCUGAGGAACUUCCAGCACCGUCGCUACUCACGAGAGACGCAGGACCGAGAGAGGGAGGAGCUCAUGAGUCGUACCUUCACCACCAACGAUGCAGACACCUCCAUCCCCAUAGACGAGACGUUGCAGUUAAACUCCAACCUGAACAACGCACACAGAGGCAUGGACGACCUCCUGGGCAGCGGCAGCAGCAUCCUCACCGGACUCCGGGACCAGAGGGACACGCUCAAGGGGACCCACAAGAAGAUGCUGGAUGUGGCCAACAUGCUGGGUCUGUCCAACACGGUGAUGAGGCUGAUCGAGAAGAGGGCCACCCAGGAUAAGUUCGUCAUGAUUGGAGGGAUGCUGCUCACCUGUGUGGUCAUGUUCCUGGUGGUCAAGUACCUGGGCUGACCAUGACCGCGCUCGCAACCACAGUUUUGCGUUGGUCUUGGACAUUUUUGCACAGUAAGCCCAUAAGAUACGUGACCGGUGAUAAAAUAGGCUCGUCUUCAAAGCGGAGAGUUCCCUGAAAGUAAUGGUUCCGAUCGGAAGGCGAGGAAUUAUCCCUCUUUUAAUUUCCAUAGGUUUUGCCACCCACUUCUAUUUCAACCACUCUUUGUUUGCACCAGUAAAAUGGGUGCUAAGCAAGACAUACACCCCCGAGUGUACAAAACAUUAAGGACGCCUUCCUAAUGUUGAGUUGCACCUUUUGCCUUCAGAACAGCCUCAAUUCAUCAGGGCAUGGACACUACAAGGUAUUGAAAGCAUUCCACAGGGAUGCUGGCCCAUGUUGAUUCCUAUGCUUCCCACAGUUGUCAAGCUGGCGAGAUGUCCUUUGGGCGGUGGACCAUUAGCGAUACACACGGGAAACUGUUGAGUGUGAAAAGCCCAGCAGCGUUGCAGUUCGACACAAACCGGUGCGCCUGGCACCUACUACCAUACCCUGUUCAAAGACACUUUUCUGUCUUGCCCAUUCACCCUAUGAAUGGCACACAUACACAAUCCAUGUCUCAAGGCUUACAUUUUUUUUAAACCCAUAUCCUCCAUGUAUAGUGCUUGAAGUGAAUUUAGCAAGUGACAUCAAUAAGGGAUAGCUUAUAGCUUUCACCUGGUCGGUCUGUUAUGGAAAGAGCAGGUGUCCUUAAAGUAUAGACACUGAGUGCAAAACAUUAAUUUUACUUCAAACUGAACGUGGAACCUUGCAACCAUAAUUAAAGCUCACGGACACCUGCCGGUCAUCCACCUGACAGCCUGUGUGAAGCUGUAGGUGGGUGAGGACAUUUCAAUAUAAUAUAUAAUAAUAAUAAUAUAUGCCAUUUAGCAGACGCUUUUAUCCAAAGCGACUUACAGUCAUGUGUGCAUACAUUCUACGUAUGGGUGGUCCCGGGGAUCGAAUAUGACUGGUCACCUUUUUUUCAAACCAAUUCUCCACUUGCUUGCCUUAGUCUCCCCUAUAAUGAGUUCUCCGUUACCUUGUGGAUGGCAUUCAUUGUGGUUUCAUCUAAACCAUCUAUUUGAAGCAUAAUUGUACUGUUUGCUGUCAUUGUUCCCAAAUGACGAUGAUUCUGGAAAUGGAUGAAAAGCUGAUGUUUUUACCUUACCUCAUCACACUGCCUAUAGAAUACUUAUGCCAGAUUAAUCAAUACAUGUAUUUAGUCCAGGGAGGAAGAGGGCAGUUAACAGGGACCUGUGCCCAAGAUACAGACCAAUAUUGAGAACAAAACGUGUUGUGAAACUAUCUGAACAAAGUGUUUUGUCACACUUUCAAAAUGUUAAUUAUCUGGACAUUUUCUUGGCUCUAGUCUCACUAUGUUAGUGCAACCAAGGUUCAAAUUGUUAUUCUCUGGAGAUAAUUUAAAACUUGUCUUAAUCUGUCUCUGAAGUGUACAUUAUUGUCCAUGUAAUCUAGCAAUUGAAUUAGGUAUGGGUCAAAUCUAACAAUGGACAUUAAAGCAUUGUUUAAAUAAAUCUCUCACUGAUGU